UGCGUUGUGGGUGGUAAAGUGGGAAAGGCAGGAGGGAGCCUCAGCAUCUCCCAUCCCGUGGGUGACUUCAUCACAAAGGACCAGGGCGGCGCCCGCUGGCUCCUGGGGCGGCUGUUGCCGGGCAACAGAGACACUAUAUUGUCCCCUGUCACCUGUGCCCCUCGCCCAUUUGGUCACUGGCCGUGGUGGGAUCACUUGCCGUGGUGGGAUCACUGUGGUGGUGGACUCAUUUUGGCAGUUGGAUCGCUUUUGGUGUUGGGAUCGCUCUUGGUGGUUGCAUCACUUUUGGUGGUGGGAUCGCUAUUGGUGGUUGAACCACUUGUGGUGGUUGAACUGCUUUUGGUGGUUGAACCACUUCUGGUGGUGGGAUCGCUCUUGGUGGUUGAACCACUUCUAGUGGUUGAACCCCUUUUGGUGGUUGAACCAGUUCUGGUGGUUGAACCGCUUUUGGUGGUUCGAUCACUUUCGGCACUUGGAUCUGUUUGGUGACUGGAUCACUUUCAUCACUCGGAUUGCUUUUGGAGGACCUGGGCUUUCUGGGCCCUGCUGGUGGCUGAAGUGAUGGCCGCCAAAGAUGAAGAGGACCUGCCGGCCUAUUUCCUCAAGCAGUACAGGCAGAACCUCCUGCCCUUGCUCAGGAAACACAGGCUGACAGAGGAGGGCUCCCUGUCUCCAUUUGUUCGCCUCCAGGAGAAGAGGAAAGAAGCCAAGCAGGUGCAAAAGGCUCUGGAGGAGAAGCGAGAGGCCUUCAAGGAGACGAUGGCCGACAUAGCCCGCCGGUGGAGGGAACUCCAUGCCAAGGAGGACCAGCUGAAAACCUACAUGGAGAAAUCUAUGAGGAGGUUAAAGGAAGAUGAUAAGCUGCGAGUCCAAGCUCUGAAGAAAGCCAUGAGAGAAAGAGAGCAGAAAACACAAAAGGAGAUGGAGCUUGUGAGGGCUAAGAAGAAACUCAAAGCCCUGAAAAAGGAACACCAGAAGCUGAGCAAGCAAGUGCAGAAGUACUCCAUCUUCAAAGAAUACCUGGAGGACGUGGUGAAGAUCUCACCACAGUUUGAGGACAUCCAGGACGUCAUUUCCCGCUACAAGCUGCUGGUGAGGACGCGCAAGGACCUGCAGCAGUCACAAGAGAAGGACAAGGAAAUGAUUAAGCAAACCAAGGUGCUCCUGGACCGGUACGAGGCAGAGAAAGAAGCUGAGACCCUGCAGUACCAAAAUGAGCUGGAGCAGCUCCAACAACGUUUUGCGCAGGCUCAAAGUGAUGUCCGCUCCUGGACUGCUCGCUGGGCCGACAUCCAGAACAGGAAUGUCAAGAAUGGCCUCAUGCUGACGACUAUGAAGAUGGCCAUCCACAACCUCUUCCAGUGCGUGAACACGCAGCUGAAAGCAAAAGUGCAUGUGCCGAAGGAUGACAGCCUCAGACAGCUGGACAUGAUUCAGCAGUCUAUCCUAGACCUCAAUGACAUCGUUACGGAGGUGAAACGAAGGACAUGGAGAGCCACCGGCGAGCAGCUAAGCACGAGCAUUAAGGGCAAGAGGAGGACAGAGAGCCCUAGGGAUGUUGUGUUACGUCCGUGAAGGUUCCAAACCUUCCUAGCUCUUUUGUCCUGCCCAGUUGCUGAGUCCCUUUCAUACGAUUAAAAUAACCAAAGAUUUUGAA